CCAGUUAUAAGCUUUCUAUUGAAUAGAGACAACUUGAAUCUAUUCAAUUAGGAUCUUGCUUAUUUUUUCAUCACUGAAUCUCUUAUAGAGCGACUUUAAAUCAUCACCAAGGUUGCUUGUUUCUCUCAUGAGUGAUUCCUCUAUGCAAGAUCCACCAAAUAAUGGCACUUAGCAGCCUUGGUCAAUUCUCAUGAACGCCCACCUAGGCUCUUUUUGAGCCAGUAGAGGGAGUCCUCUCGAAUAAUGUCACAAUAUACGACUUCAAAGAUGGAUAGACCGGAGCCAGGCCUCAUCAAGUGGUCCCCGAAUCCGAAUUACGAUACAUUUCUCCACGUCAAUCUACAACACCGAGUCGUACAGCUAUACGAGCCUACGGGCCUUGCGCAGCCUGGCAAUUUCCAAUUUCAUAAGACAUCCAAGUAUGAUGAGAUACCUCCGCUGACCACGUACGACUGGUCGCCUGCUCAUCGUGGGCUCGUUGCUAUUGGGACCGCGAGUGGCACCGUGGAUCUUAUAAACCUGCACAGCGAUUCUAGCGCUCACCUAGAGCUCCCUAUUAGGAUCACACGUACCUGCCAAGCGGUAGCAUUUAAUACAGGCACUUUACUAGCUGUCGGGUUGGAACGCGUUCGAAAUGACCAGUGCCUCAAAAUUUUCGACGUAAAUAAACUUACGGCGCUAGAGUCUGGGGCCAAUUGGGAAUCGCUCGAGAAUUCGAUGAAUCCGGUGAUCAGUUUGGAGCCUAGUAUCUCCAUAUCAAGCACGAAGUUCUUUGAAGACGACCCCCAGGUGUUAGUUGCCGGUAUUAAAAAUUCGGGCAUUCGUAUCUAUGAUCUCCGAGAUCCGCAAGGCGCAGUAAUCAAUUACCAGACCAAAUGCAACAACAAUUUGGCGAUUGACUAUGCAGACCAGAACUAUUUCGCUUCAACUUCCCUAGACAAGCCAGGUUUAGUAAUAUGGGAUCGACGUGCGACUUCGAGAUCACCUUGCUCUAAUUUCUAUCUCGAUGCUGUCGAUACGGACAAUCUGCCAUGGGGGGCGGCUUUUAACGUUGAUAAAGCAAUUGAUGUGAAAGAUGCCAAUUUUCAAGACAGAGGCUCGUUGAUACGAUCUGUACGCUUUUGCCGAGACCGUAGCGGAUUGAUAGCUAUUCUCUCUCGGACUGGCCAACUUAAAGUCUUGGACAUCAAGAAAGAAUUUGUUACUUCCGAUGUCCAUCCCAAGGACAGCCCCGAGGUUCUGGCAGUUAGAAGAUCAUAUGAGCUGGAUAUGAGUUAUACAAGAGACCGAAAGGACGAAAGAAUUGUAUCAUUUGACUGGCUAAAUCUUGACUCGCCCGCUUUAACGCCGCGAGCAAUAGUUCUACGAGCCAAUGGAACUUUUGAUAUUCUUGAGAAGCCAUCUUAUACAUCAGAACAUCUGUUCAAGAUGAUACCUUGGAAAGCGCCCCAUCGAGGAUUAGAAGGAGGCCAUGACUAUCACUCUCUGAUGCAAUUCGAACCGACACAGUAUUCUGAUAUGAUAGGUUCACUUAAUAUUGAUAAAGCCUUCGAAGACAUACCAUUAUUUGGAGCCGAUAAGGGGUCCGCUCAUACUGUAGUCCAGGAAGCACUAUUAUCCCCUGCACCUACUAGCGACCAUAUAUACGACUUAGAAGCAAGCGAUAUAGAACUUGCCGAGCUACUUACGAAUGCUCCCAAGACGGCAGACAAGUUACGACUUUUGAGAAAAUAUUCUAAAGAAAAUCUUGAGGCAUCGAAAAAGCCUGAUAAUAAGCUCAACGGAUUACCGUCUAACAGGGAAUUACAUGAACGAUUGCUCGUAUCAACACUAGAUACAAAGGGGUUCCCUAAAGGAGCACAAGUGAUUCUUGAUCAUCAAAUGCUCCUUCGUUCCAAGGAGAAAUAUCUAUUUGACUACGUUGCGAAUAGAGACAUAGUUGCCGACGAUCCUUGGUUGAGAGGAUUAUGGGGUUGGAUUUCUGGGGCCGACGAAGCUGCCUCUGACAUGGGAAUGGUAACCCAAGGAAUCGACCUAAGUUAUAUGGGUGUUUGUAACAUAUGGAGCGGCGAUCUGGGGUUGAAUGGUGGGGUGAGGUUAUUAGAUGGUACUAGGCCUCCGGACCUUGCGGCAUGGGAACGUUGUCUGCAGGAAUCAAACAGGAAGUCGAGACAACCAGUAUACGAUGGCGUCGAGACCAAAAAACUUCAACAACGAUUAGCUGCCCUACGGGUCUGUGGAUGGGGCAGAUCGCCCGAUGAAAAUCUUGGCGAAUACGCGGAUAUGCUGCCUUCUGAGAGAAAUUCUUUAUGGUACACGAUGAGAACAGCUCAUGCACUUUUCGAGGGUGAUUUCGACAAAGCAGUUCACAUACUCAGGGAAGCCAGCGCAGAGUAUCCAAACCUGUUAUUCGUUUCACUAGCGCUCCAACUCAAAAGUCAAGAGGAUAAAAGUAUCAGUAAACCCCGGUUAAAUUUCGACGACACUGCCGCUUCUAACACAGACCCAUAUCUGAGAGCGAUAUCAUCUAUUAUCGCAACGGAUAAUUGGGAGUAUAUAGCAGAUCAAGAAUCCCUACCCCUCCGCGAACGCACGUUUGUGGCGCUUCGGUAUUUUGACGACGCUAAGCUUACCCGAUGGCUCGAGAAAGAGCUCAAGAAAGCGAUAGAUACGGGCGACAUCGAAGGAAUUGUACUUACGGGCAUAACAGAUAAACUCGUGGAUAUUUUCGCAAAAUACGUCGAGAAAUUCAACGAUGUCCAGACGGCUACCCUAGUCCUAUCAAUAUGCUCGCCAAAAUACAUCAACGACUACCGGUGCCGCGCGUGGCGCAACGGCUACAGGGCAUAUCUCCAGCGCCAUAAAGCCUUCAUGCAACGAACCAAAUUCGAAGUGGAAAGCACGAAGAAGAGCAAGCGAGGCGGCAUCCCUACCAUCACCCCGCCCUCCAGACAAAUCGCCCUGCGCUGCGUGUACUGCGACGCCGAGUACGAGCUUUCGAAGAUGGGCGGCACAGCCCUCCCAUCAUCCGGCAAGGGGCAACAGUCGGUCAACCCGCUCACAGCGUCAAACAUCAGCGCCGGCGUCAGUUGUCCCAACUGCGGCCGCCACCUCCCCCGGUGCGUCGUGUGUCUCGAGGUCGUCGGCGUCCCGCGCUCGGAUAAACCGGAGGCUUCGCCCGAUCCGCAGGUCAGGGUCGCCGCGCGGUUUCCCACGUUCUGUCUGAAGUGCGAGCAUGUGCUUCACCUCGAUCACGCGAGGCAGUGGUUCGCGAGACAUGUGGAAUGUCCAGUGCCUGAGUGCAGGUGUAGGUGCAACUUCAGGGCGAAUCCGGAGUUGAAUUAUCGGUGAUGUUGAGGGGAGGGUAUUCGUGGAUGUGCUAUCAUUGAAAAUUCGGGAGAGGGCUGUCUACGUCGCUACGAAUUUAGAAUAUUCUUUCUCCUUUAGAAAAACAGGUCGAUGAACGGUUUGUGUUGAUAGUCCGAUACUAUUACGUUUUCUUAGUUAAGUCAUUUGAUACUGAUCGCCCCGUAAUGCCUACGACUCUAUACCCUA